CUAACCGCGGGCUCGUCUGGCUCAUUGUGUUCACGCUCACACUGAGAGGAGGAAGUCCAGCUUGAGUCACACAACAUGAUUGAUGAUCGGAGCGACUGACAUCAUUUUUUUCCUUGUGGUUGUCUAUGAAGCCCCAUGUGCAGCAGCCAUGCGGUGAGUGAGACGGGUCAUCGGAGGCUCGAACAGCGCGGGGAAGAACAAGCCAAUACUCUCUUUUUGUUUUUGAGGGAAGCAGGAAGGUACCGAGGCUCGUCACCGGAGGGGGUCUCUGACGCGGGGCUUGUCAGGUCAGCGCCCUCCUGCACGGACACGUUUCCCCCGGCGGACAGAGCUGCCAGUGAUGUCCACAUCUUAGACGCCAACUGAAACUCCCUGCCCGUCAUGGACUCCAAGAAGCCGGCGAGCAUGAUACGGCAUCUCCGCCAGAAGAUGCCGCCGAUGAAGAAGAUGCCGCAGAUGAAGAAGCUACCCCGCCUCCGGCGCGGCAAGACGGAGCCAAACAAGGAUCUCGCUCAGCUCGAUCACAACUUGGACCGUCGGAUGAGCGCCUCCGUCCCCGACAUACACGACAUGAGGCAGCAGGACGCCGCCGACCCCGACAUGAGGCAGCAGUACAACUCUCCCAGCCACAGCAGCCCCUCCGAGCCGGGAGGAGGUGGGAGUGGCCUGGUGAUGAAAUCGGUUGCUGGAGGAGCCGGGAGGAGUGAUGCUGCACACCGUACGGGCUGGGCUUCCCAGGAGUCAUUCAACGGCCUCUCUGUGGAGGAGAAGGACUCUCCAGAGACCAACUACAGACCUGCGGGUGGCACGGAGCCCAAGGGGAUGAUGAACAGCCCAGACCCCGCCUCUGUGGAAAUAUCCCAGGACAACUCACAGUAUGACCAUCAUGAUAUCAACGGUCACGAGUUAAAAGACGGGGACAUCCAACAUUAUGAAACGGGCAACGAGUCCCACAUGUCGGACAGCGCCGGGGACCACCUCAUGUCCUUCCUGCUCACCAUCAACCUGAAGGAAGGACACAACCUGGUCAUCAGGGACCGCUGUGGUACCAGCGACCCGUACGUGAAAUUCAAAUUGGACGGGAAGAUGAUCCACAAAAGCAAAGUGGCUUACAAGAACCUCAACCCCACAUGGAAUGAGACCUUCUCCCUGCAUGUGAAGGACCUGCACCACAACCUGUACAUCAAGGUGUACGACCGUAAUCUGACCACUGAUGACUUCAUGGGCUCCGCCAGCGUCGCCCUCAGUGAUCUGGAGAUAGAUAAGCACAGCGAGAUGUCUUUGCCCUUGAGCGACCCGAACAGCAUGGAAGACGACAUGGGCAACAUUCUGCUGGACAUAUGUCUGUCCCACCGAGACGGAGACAAAAAGCACAAUAACCUUCAUCAUCAUCAUCAUCAUUCAGAGUCACUGAAGAAGAGUCAGGUAUGGACCUCCGUUGUGACGGUGAUUCUGGUCGAGGGUCAGGAACUGCCACUGGACACUCAUGGAGCUCAGCUCUAUGUUCGCUUCAGACUGGGGGAGCAGAGACACAAGAGCAAGAAUGUCGGCAAAGUGUCCAAACCUCAGUGGAAAGAGAAGUUCUCCUUCAACCAGUUCUCGGACAGGCCAGAAAACCUGGAGGUGGAGCUCUGGUCCAAGGGCGGAAGGAACGAGGAGUGUUUGGGAACGAGUAACGUUGAACUGUCCAGGAUACCAUUCAAUCAUAGGCAGCUCUUCACACACGCCAUGGACCAUGGGAAAGGGCACUUGAUCUUCUUGGUCACAGUGAACAAGUGCACUGGCGUCUCCAUCUCUGACCUCUCUGCCGCGCCACUCGAUGAACCUGAAGCACAACACACCCAGCUGGUCAACUAUAGUUUGAGAAGGUCCCUGAGAAAUAUCCAUGAUGUUGGUUUCCUUCAAAUCAAAGUUAUCAGGGCUACAGAUUUGCUGGCUGCUGAUUUAAACGGCAAGAGUGAUCCCUUCUGUGUGUUGGCGCUGGGAAACGACAGAAUGCAGACCCACACAGUCUACAAGAACCUUCACCCGGAAUGGAAUAAAGUCUUCACAUUCCCUGUCAAAGACAUUCAUGAUGUUCUGGUGGUGACCAUCUUUGACGACGAUGGAGACAAGGCGCCAGACUUCCUCGGAAAAGUUGCCAUUCCCCUGCUCACGAUCCACAAUGGACAGACGAUCGCCUUCCCGCUGAAGAAAGUGGAUUUGGGUGUGCUGUCGAAGGGCAGCGUCACUCUGGAGAUGGAGGUGUUUUUUAAUGCUGUGAGAGCCGGUUUAAGAACCUUCAACCCAAAGGAAAAGAUAAUCAUGGAAGAUAAUCCCAAAUUUUCCAAAAAGGUGCUGGGCAGGAACGUGAUGCGUAUUCAGAACAUGUUCAAGGGCAUGAAGUCGUCUGGGCUGUUCAUCAAAAGCUGCUUCCAGUGGGAGCGCGUCCAUAGGAGCCUUAUAGCCUUAUUGGUGUUCAUGGUGGCGGUGUUGUACGUGGAGUUGUACAUGCUGCCCCUCGUCCUGGUGCUGGUCAUCUCGUGGAACUACAUCUUGAUCCGGACCGGUUGGGUCAGUCAUGACGUGAACAUGGAUUUGGGGGAUGAAGAUGAGGAUGACGAGAAGGAAUCAGAGAAAAAAGGGCUGAUGGAUAAAAUCCACAUGGUCCAAGACACCAUCCUCAUCGUUCAAAACGUGCUGGACGAGGUGGCCAGUUUCGGGGAAAGGAUUAAAAACACUUUCAACUGGUCGGUGCCGUUCCUGUCCAGCCUGGCGUUCGUGAUCUUUGUCAUUGCAACAAUCCUUACAUACUACGUCCCUUUGCGCUACGUCAUUUUGAUAUGGGGUAUCAAUAAAUUCACCAAGAAAUUACGGAAACCGUACGCCGUUGACAACAAUGAGGUGCUUGAUUUCCUGACGAGGGUGCCUUCAGAUGUGCAAAAGGUUCACUACAGUGAGAUGAUGGACAUCGGGAAGAAGAAACUCGAGUAGGCUUCCUACUCCAAACAGUUUCCAGAGGAUGAACUGGGGACUACAGAUGAAAAAUAGCCUCUUGGCUAACUCUGGCACAUUUACUGCAAUGUUUUUAUCAAUGUGCACUGUCCCUUAUUAAAUAAACCAUUUUUUUUAAAAUUAAAAAGGAUCUGCCCGUCUCGGGGUGCGUGGUAGGUCUGAAUCCUAAUCCGCUGUGGCCGUUCGCCACUCGGUACCGCUCGUGUCAACCGGCACCGAAAGACUUUCCAACCAAAGAAGUCCAUACGGAGGGACUUGUAAAAUUGUUUUGAAAGAUUGAAGAUGUUGUGUUGUUUGUACAGAUUACUGUAUAAGCCAAUCAACUCAGAAGCUGCUUGAUUUUAUAUGUGCCGGCCCAGGUUGUGUGUGGCCUCCUGACACCAGGUGAAAUAAUAAUUUGUAUUAUACUGAAUGAAGAUGUAUAUGUAACAUUUGUGUGUAUAUUUUUACCUCAUCUACAUCGAUAGAAGUCAAUACUUUUAUCCAGCAUUUGAAAAGAAAUAUCAAGAUGAAAGUAAAUUUCAUUAUGGAUACUUUGUAUAGGUGUUUUCAUACAAAUCAGUGGCAUCUUGAAGGACAAGGUAUUUGUGAUUUUGAACAUUAAGAUGAAUUGAGGUCACACUUAUUGUGCCUUUUUCCAUACAGCUACAUAAGUUGGUAGCAAAUAAUAUGCGUCACAUUCUUUUAUUUCUUACGUUAUCCUUUUAAAGUAGAUAAAGAGCUAUGUGCAUACAAUAUUGACUGCCUGAUUUUACUUCAACAUGGACUUAUUUCUACAUGGAAAUAUGAGUGCCUACACUUAAUUUUUCCUUUUCAUUUAUCCUGCCUGGAGGGUGCUCUGUUUUAUUUGACUCUUUGCUUGCAAGUGGGAUGGGACCAGAUGUUUACACUGUUAACUUUUUUUAUUAAUGACAAUCACUGAUGAAGACUUUGUAUCUGAUUUAUAGUGGCAAUAAAUACACCCAAUCACACUUGA